GGUGGCAAGGUGGACCCCGGAGAAACUCCUGCUGAGGCGGCUGCGCGCGAGUUGCAGGAGGAAGCGGGUAUCUCGGCGCCGCUGGAGCACGCCGGUAGUCUCCUUUUUGCAGCCGUUUUACACGUGUCGCUGCGCUCUUUUGACGCUUGUUACUCGUCCAGGACGGAUGAAAUGCGCCCGGAGUGGUUCGCACUUCCUGCCGACAUCGCCGGCGCAGCAUUCGUCAGCGACCUUCCCCAGACACCCUACGAAACGAUGUGGGCAGACGACGUCUAUUGGAUGAGGCACCUGCUCCAGGGCAUACCUUUUGCAGGGCGAUGCGACUUCGAGAAAGACGGCCAGGAAGGCGAGGAGAGCAAGAUUGUGAGAUGGUGGUUUGGGGCCCCUCGACAUACGUAA